AUGCCAACUCUGAUUCGAGAUGCCUGUGGAGGAAUCACAGGUACCACCCAGGGCAAUGUUCUUUCUGUUGUCUGCACAGCGGAGUUACCCAAACCCAACAUCGCAAGCAACAACUCCGAUCCCGUGGAGAAUGUGGAUUCUGUUGUAUUAACGUGUGGACCUCAGACUCAGAGCACAAGCUACCUGUGGUCAGUAAACAAUGAGAGCCUCCCGGCCAGCGCCACACUAUAACUGUCCCUGGACAACAGGACUCUCACUAUACAUGGUGUCACAAGGAAUGACACAGGACCCUAUGAGUGUGAAACUCGGAACCCAGUGAGUGCCGGUCGUAGUGACCCAUUCACCCUGAAUGUUCUCUAUGGCCCGGACGCCCCCACCAUUUCCCCACCAGACUCCUAUUACCAUCCAGGGGCCAACCUCAGUCUCUCCUGCCACGCAGCCUCUAACCCGCCCGCACAGUAUUCUUGGUUUAUCAAUGGGAGGCCCCAGGCAUUCACACAGGAGCUCUUUAUCCCCAACAUCACUGCCAAUGAUAGUGGAUCCUAUACCUGCCUCGCCUGUAACUCUGGCACUCGGCUCAGUAAGACCACAGUCAAGACUAUCACAGUCUCUGAGCUACUGGCCCAGCCCACUCUCCAUGCCAGCAACACCACAGUCACAGGAAAUAAGGACUCUGUGGUCCUCACCUGCUCCACAAAUAACACUGGGGUCUCUAUCGGGUGGCUCUUCAAUGGCCAGAGUCUAAAGCUCACAGAGAGGAUGAAGCUGUCCCAGGACAACAGCACCCUCACCAUAGACCCUGUCAGGAAGGAGGAUGCCGGGAAUUACCAGUGUGAGGUCUCCAACCCAGGCAGUUCCAGUCAAAGUGACCCUGUCCAACUGGCUGUGGAAGGUGAUUUAACGCAACCAAAUUCUGGCCUCCCACCUGGGGCUAUUGCGGGCAUCGUGAUUGGAGUCCUGGCUGGGGUUGUUGUGAUAGCAGCCCUGGUGUACUUUCUGUUUAUCAGAAAGACUGGCGGGUCAGGACCACUCUGACAAUUUGUCUAACAAGAUUGAAGAAGUUGCAUAUUCUUCCCUGAACUUCAAUGCCCAGGAACCAAAGAAAUCAACUUCAGCCUCCCCAUCCCCAGCAGCCACAGAAACGGUGUAUACAGAAGUACAAAAGAAGUAACGCAACCUGUCCUGCUCGCUGUGCUCACUCUUUCCAAGCUUCUCAUCCCCAUCACUGUGGGAUCCCUUUACCCUCAGGGAAAAGGGGAAGAAGCCUCUUUCCCCACCUCACUCCCUAACGAGGCACCUCCAGGCUGCCUGGUCAUAGCCCCUCCCUUCAGUGUCAAUAGAUGAAAAGGUACAUCCGGGAUUCUAGGAAACCCAACCUUCCCUGUCAUUGAAAUUUGGCAAAGCAGACCUUGGGAAGUUGCCACAACCUCUGCCCCUCCUCCUUCCCUUGUUUUAAACUUACCUAUUCAGAGCACAGUCAUUCCUUCCUGCCCCAGUCCUGUCCUACUGGAGUCUAACUUGAAUUUACCAUAACCUUGAGAGUCCUCUCCUGAUCCACUAAAAUGCAUGUGCCAGAAAAGAAGAGAGAGAAGAAGUAAAAGUAAAAACUUCUAUCUCUCCAAAGCCCCGUGUGAACCCCACCCUGCACAGGAAAACAAAUAUGCUGAAUGAGGAUGCUGAACUAUACCUUUGUCUACUGUCAAAGUUGUCUACCAGGGCCUGAACACCUUGCUGCUUAACUAGAAAGCCACCUAAGCCAUUUGACAAGCCUGUCUUCAGAGAACCCACUAGAAGCAAUUAGGAAAAUUAUUCACUGAGGUCUACAGGUGAUUCCUAAUGGAAAAUGCAAAAAAAAAAAAUGCAUGUAUGUUUCAUAAGCCCACAGAAGGAGGGCUUAUAGCUUCAGGGAGCAGUCAGCUUUUAGUAGAGAUAAUCAGCUGGGAAUUUGGGAAAGGAAUCAGAGAGCUACCCUUCAGAGAUUAUUUAAAUAAUUGUUAAAGAAUGCAGUUUGGUGUAUUAGGUUUUUUCCCUGAGAUAUUCUGCCAUUUUAGUUUUUGCAACUGCUUGUUUAUGUGAAAAGGGCUAUUUCUACUUAGCUAUGUAAGUCAACCUGACUGCCUUCAGUGAAAGAAGCCACCAAGACCCCUCAAGUCCCCUUGGCCAGGAGCUCCUCGAGGUGUUUAUGUCGGGGGCUCCAAAAAAGAAAAGCAGUAGCAGCGGUUUUCCUCCUUCGUGGCUAGUAAUGGGUCUAACUCAGUUUCCCGGCAUCUCAGGCCAGUCUUCAACCACCAUUGCUUUCCACGUCUCUGCUGCACAUGGUGUCUGCCCCACUCACUUUCUCAGGAGACCUGGCCUCUGCCAAGGUUCCACUGGUCCUUGAGAAGUGGGGGUGCCCUGAAGGGAACACACUC